AUGGCUCUUCGCGGUUUCAUUGCCCUGUCCCUCCCUCUGCUGGCGCUCGCCAAGGGCUCGCUGCGCGGAGGAGACCUGCAGUGCACUGGUGAGGGGAAUCUUCCUGCCGGCCCGGUCUGCUACGGCGGCACCCUCCUCUCAGAAACGUUCAAGAUCCAUGUGGUGAGCCAUGAUGGCGAAGUGGGGAUUGUGGACAUGAAGGCCGAGGGGCCCCAGGAGGCAGAGUGCGACGGCGCGCAGUUUCAGAACGAAGAGAACGUCAUCACCAUCGAGAACGACCAUGGCUGCGGCCUUUCCAACUACGAGUACUCCGUGCAGUACUGCCCGGACCAGGACAACCUGAUGAUCAACAUCGUGAAGCCCUUCAGCGUGCGCAUGGUUCUCGAGAGCCAGACCUGCCCACCAGCUGGCGAGGUUUGA